CAGCAUCGUCAAGUCAACAAGUCAACCACCAAACUCUACCAACACGAUAUGAGGUGACGGGGACUUGGAGAAAAUGGCAAAUCCGACGGCCGACUGGGAACAGGUUGGCGAUAAGUUCUAUCGAAAGAUACAACUUUACACGGCUGUAUUUGACCAGGAUUUGGAGUUGGAGAAUUACAUCGUCACUGGAUGUUCAUAUGGCGGAGCUGUUGGUAAGUGCAUCUUGGUUGGGUUGGGUCUUGGUUUUGGUUUGGUGCUUGAGCGGUGGAUGGGAGGUUCAUAAAAAGAUGCAACGAGUGCUUGAUGGAUUGUGGGUAGUCCACCUCAUCAAAGGCCACUUGCUUGGAAGUUCCCGUGGUGUUUCCGAAGUGUGUUUCAAGAUCUUGAAAGAGAGACUGAUUACGGUGCGGAUGUAUUGAUCCCAAGAUUCCCUUGUACAUGCAAAAACAGCUGGAAACUUACCUCAUCACGUGGCGCUAUAUACACAUUUCUUGAUGCCGUGUGUUGUCAAUUUGGACCGAGAAUACUAGCUGACUCGCUCUCAAAUUAUAGCAUUACACCGAGAUGAAUCAAAACUACAUUCAUUUCGGGGAACCCAAGCCUCCAAGUCAAGCAUCGACCUGUACAGUUGUGCUGGGAAGCUAAUUAGACGAAUAAAUUGGGAGAAGGGUUCUAUCAAAGGUCUUGGAUGGUCUGAAGAUGAGAAACUAAUCGUAAUCACCGCCGAUGGGACAGUACGUUGUUAUUAUGAUCUCCAAGGAGAGUUCACGCAAUUUUCCCUCGGAAAUGGGGCCGAGGAGUAUGGAGUAAAGGAGUGCAGGUUUGAGUUCCUUUCGGAGUGAAGUUUGACAAGUAUAAACUUACAUUGCAAUAGAUUUUACGGCACUGGCUUUGUAGCUUUGCUUACCAAUAACCAUUUAAUAUCCGUCAGUCGGUAUGAGGAACCCCGGCCAAAACUUCUUGCAACACCCCCAGAAGGUGAUGUCUAUUCAUGGACUCUCAUCCCACCAGCGUAUACCCUCUCGCGCUCUGUCGAAGUCCUUUUAAGCAUCUCCAACACAAUCUAUGUUGUAGAUGAAAUAGACUCUGAAGACCGGCUUCUCGACAUUGGUCCAUUUACGCAUAUCAGUGUCUCUCCAAACGGGAAGUUCGUGGCACUCUACACGGAAAGUGGAAAAGCGUAUGUUAUUACAAGCGAUUUCCAAACCAGAUACAGUGAACAUGAUUCUCGAUCGAAAAUUUCGCCCAAGGAUGUUCAAUGGUGUGGGAAUGAUGCUGUAGUUAUUGCUUGGGAAGACGAGGUUCAUGUUAUUGGACCAAAGAACGCUGCAGCCAGAUACUUUUAUGAUGGGCGGGUUCACUUGAUUGCAGAUCAUGAUGGUGUUCGACUCAUUACAAAUGAUGUUUGUGACUUCCUUCAAAAAGUGCCUGAAGUUACAGAUGAGGUUUUCCGUUUUGGUACCGAGUCAUCGGCAUCUAUACUUCUCGAUGCAGUGGAGCAGCUUGAGAACCAAUCACCAAAAGCAGAUGAUAACAUACAGUUAAUACGCCCUAGCUUGGUGGAGGCUGUUGAUACUUGCGUGAGUCUCUUACUUUCCCGUACUGCUCGUGCCAAUCUAACCUCUACCAGGUAAAAGCAGCAGGGCAUGAAUUUAACAUCCAUUGGCAAAAGCAGUUAUUAAAAGCUGCUUCUUUUGGCAAAUCAGUCCUUGAUAUUUAUAACAGCGAUGAUUUCGUGGAUAUGUGUGAAGUUCUACGAGUACUCAAUGCGGUCCGAUUCUAUGAGAUUGGUAUACCACUCUCCUACGAACAAUUUAUCCGACUUACACCCGAGAAUCUUGUUCGUCGGUUGAUCAAUCGUCGAGAGUACCUCCUUGCCCUUCGUAUCUCAACCUACCUCCGUCUCCCUACAGAUCGUAUUUACGUCCACUGGGCUUCUCAGAAAGUUCGUGUUGGUACCGAAGAUGAAGACACUAUAUGUCGGUUGAUUGUCUCCAAACUCGAAGGAAAGCGUGGUAUUUCAUUUGAAGAAAUUGCCCGAGCAGCCUAUGAUGAAGGUCGUGGUCGUCUUGCAACGGAACUUCUCAACCACGAGCCCCGUGCCGGAAAACAAGUACCUCUACUCCUCUCCAUGGAAGAAGACGAAAUCGCCCUAGACAAAGCCAUUGAGAGCGGUGACUCGGACUUGAUAUUCUUCGUCCUGCUCCACCUAAAGAAGAAACUCCCCCUCGCCUCUUUCUUCCGAGUAAUCAAUACCCGCCCAACGGCAACCGCUCUCAUCGAGUCGUCCGCCCAAAACGAAGACUCCGAACUCCUCAAAGAUCUCUAUUACCAAGAUGACCGCCGUCUCGAUGGAGCCAACAUUUUUAUCCGCGAAUCUCUUCGUCAACCCGAUCCACAAAGCACAUUGGACAAACUAGCCCUCGCCACAAAACUCAUUUCCGACACCAAAGAACUAUCAUUCCAACAGAAAAACAUACAGGAAACCUCAAGUCUCCUCAAACACCAAGAACUCCUCGACAGCGACCUCACCGAAUCCUUCACCGGCCUCUCGCUCCACCAAACCAUCUUCAAACUCAUCAAAUCCGGCUACGCCUCACGCGCAAAGAAACUCUCCUCCGACUUCAAAGUCCCCGACAAAAUCACCUGGUGGAUCCGUCUCCGCGCACAAGUCUCCGCCCGUUCCUGGAGCGACCUCGAAGACCUCUCCAAGACACGAAAGAGUCCCAUCGGCUGGCAACCAUUCUUCGCACUCAUUCUAUCCGCGGGUAACCCGAAGUUGGCGAGUAUCUUCGUGCCGAAGUGUGCGGGGGAGGUGGAGCCCCAGCAGAUCAUUGAGAUGUAUGAGAAGUGUGGGAUGAGGGUUAAGGCUGCGGAGGAGGCGGUGAGGAUUAAGGACGUUGAGACGGUUGAUCGGUUGAGGGCUGCUGCGGGGGUGGGGACGGUGGAGGGGAUGGAGAUUGAGAGGUUGGGAGCUGGGUUGAGGCGGUGAUUUGAGGUUAUGGAACCAGUUUUCAUAGGCGAAGAUUGGGUGUGGAGGAAGAAGGGGGGAGAGAAGGAUGGAUGUGCUGGCUGAGAUUGUACUUGAGAUUGGGAGGGAGACGGAUGAAUAAGAGGUUGGCGAGAGUAGAUAUGAGGUUGUUCUAGGAGAGUCACUCUUGUAGUUUACUAGUCUACCUAUCUCAAAGCAAAAGGGUCACGUAAAAGCAAGCAAGCAAUCAUCA